UUGAUAUUUUGCUUAGUAUACUCGUUAUUCACACCGCGGCCAUUUCGAAUCGAAAACGAGGCUCGGAACGCAAACAAUGGAAUCCAGCACUAUCAGCACUAAGUCAGCUUGGAGUAAAAACCUUCAACAUGUCCCUCAUAUUACUCAGGAUAAAGUGGAGAAGUGGGCAAAUGAGACUGCCAAAAUCCCUAGAUCCAAACAACAGAAGGGUUACGGCAACUUUAUAGAAGGUUUUAUACAUGAAGUCGAAAGUUGAGUUUUGUCGAACGUCUUCAGACAUAUUGCUUUCACAAUGUAAAUGUAAAGCUGGGAAUGGGCACUGUAGUCAUGGUGUAGGAUUAUUGUACCUUUUGUGCCACUAUUUAAGACUUGGUCUGAAGGCUGUACCACCAAUGCAAAGUAAAACGUCUUUACCGCAGACCUGGCAUGUUCCCCAGAGAAUCGAGGGUUUGGAACCAAAACCAGUACAUAGUUUAGAAAUAUGCAAGGUGAAUCCUAAAAAGCAACCACCUAAGAAGAAAAGGCGGGUCACUGAAGGUGUCCUUCCAAACAUAUACUGUCCGGUUAAAACGAUUCCGUGUGUACAGUUUAAGACGACAUUACUUGAGCAGCUCACAGCCAUGAAGAGCGAUGCACAGAUUUUACGCAUUUUAUCUACCGACAGUUCAAGUGAAACAGAGUCUCUAUCUAAGUUUGGACCAGUACCCAAAGGAUCUGUGCUUUCUUAUCAACAAAAACCACAUAUCUCUGUUGAUGAUAUAAUAAACCACAAUGAACAGCAAGAAUUCCCUGAUUUAUUACUUCCAGAACAGCCUCGUCAUUAUAACAGAGUGUUGAACAAUGCAGAACAUGAUGGUUUCAUGGGCAUGCACAUUGAUCGUCCUCAUGCGUUGGAAUUGGAGGAACAAACGCGAUUGCAGAGUGUCACUAAGUUAUGGCACAACAUUCGUCGGCAUAGGUUGACCUCGACAAUGUUUAAGGACAUAUGUGCAAGGAGGGCAGAUCAUGAGAAGUUAGCUGUGCGUCUUUUAAAAUCCAAAAAUAUACAGACUGUUGCUAUGAAAUUUGGCUUGCAAAAUGAACCUGAAGCAGCAAAAUUAUAUUCCGAUAUAACUGGAAAUAAUGUGUACUUGUGUGGCUUUGUUAUAAACCCAAGUUCUCCGCAUCUUGGAGCAUCACCAGACAGAAAAAUAUAUGACCCAAAUUCUGCAUCACAGUAUGGACUUCUAGAGAUCAAAUGUCCGGACAAAGAUUCUUUUCAAGAAUGCGCGUACCUUAAAAGGACCAAUGAUGGGACAUACAAACUCAAGCAUUCUCAUCAAUAUUACUACCAAGUGAUGGGACAGAUGGCACUUACUGGGCUCCAUUGGUGCGACUUUUUUGUGAAAUGUAGACAGGAUUACCAUAAAGAGAGAAUAAACUUUAAUGAAGAGAAGUGGGAAGAAAUCAAGUUGUCUCUGGACAGAUUUUACUUUAAUUAUUUCUUGCCCGAAAUUGUCAGAAUGAUGUAAAUGCAUUUAUUACUUAACAUCGAUGUCAGUAAUUGCUGCUCAGAAUUUAUUGAACAUAACAGUAUACAAUACUUCAUAGUGAUUUUUGUAAUCUUGAUGUUGCCAGAAUUGCUUUUACCUCUAUAAUUGGUAUAUGUAAUUUAAUUUCAGCAAGGCUGAGGAAUAUAUAUCAUGAGACAACUUGCUAUAGUACACUGUAUUCCAAUAAAUAUAUACCUCUGUAAUUUUCGUAAUUAUAAUGGUCAUUGCUUAUCAACAUAAAAUUCAAAUUUGCCUCGAUGUAAUCUACUCAUAAAUAAAAACUUUUUAUUUCUUCAAA